AUGAAAGAAUUCGAAGAGGUUUAAAUCUUAAUAAGUCCUUACUGAAGUAUUAGUCGUCCGGUUUGCAGUAUUCUAUUAAGCGAAGUGUACGAUUGAACGAUGCUCCACAGCGAGAUCAGUUUGUUUAUAAAUAUAUCCAAUAUGUGUGCGCUUAUCAAAGGUAUUAAAGUUUGGUUUUGACUUCUUUGGAAGAUGUGGACAUUGCCAGUCUUUUGUAAACGUCUGUCAUAGCUAUGGCACCCUCCGUGUGUGUAAGUAUACUUACACAUCCAGUACGUACUGGAUGGUCCACUCCCAUUUCGAUAACAACGAACUCAACGAGGGUCCAUGCUCUAGCAGUGAGCCUGUGUUGCCGCCCCUUCCUCCGCUCCUCCAAAUUCCUGAUCAUUUUUCCGGUAACGUUUCUCUUGUCCUAACGCGUCUUAGACGAUAGUGACAUAUUAACGGACCAAACCAGCAUAUUUCAAGAGUUGGUACCUGUAAGACACUUCUCCUCCUUCAGUGAUCUUGAAAAAAUGCUCACCGACUUUCAGCAAGUUGUAGAUUUUUAGCUAUGUUACUUCUAGGCAACUGGAUGUUUGUUAGUCAAACGGAACUCUAUUCGCUACCCACCAGAGUCUCCUGAACACCGCACCUUGGUAUAUAAAUCUCUGACAUACGCCUGUUGCCACUACGGGAAUGGCCGCGUGCGUUCCAUGAAGCUUCAACCCCCAAAGUUUGAAGCUUUCCACAUUCAAUUUUUGUUACUUUAGAACUCGCAAAAUGAACUGUCCGUGCGAAAUCCGUAUUGGCUGUCGGGCCAAAAAGCUGCACAUAAUAGCUUUCGUAAUGCGCCAUAACCAUCCUGUGGCCGCGGAGCUCGCUGAAAAUUAUCCAGAAAACCGAAGACUCACUGAGAAGGAAAAAGAUGAAAUCAAUGACAUUCUCAAGUCAUCUCCUUCCAACUCGGCCGUAAAGGAACAUAUAGAACGUUAGUUUUUCCUUUUCAUAUCAAUCCAUCUUCUAGGCAAAUUUGGAAAGCACUGUUCUCUUAAUGACGUGCGACAAAUGAAAUAUCGUUUCCGCAAAACUCAAAAGUUACGCUCGAUUAGGAACUUUCCAUCGGCGAAGCUUGACUGUGAAGCGCCCGAAGAGGAUGAUAUAAACCAUGCUUACGAACUUCCCGCUGAGACAAUCUCCAAUUGGACGGAACAAACCAAGGAGAACAAAUUAUCUCAGUUCGUACCCUAUUCCCAGAAGCUCGCUGAGCUCCUGUGCUCAUCGGACAAUGAAACUUUCUAUGAACGCUUAGACUUUAUCAAGGAGCUUGUGGAGACCUGGCAGGCAGGCAAGCAGCCUGUUUUACUUACCCUUUAA